UGUUUGCAUGUUUUUCCCUUCAGCUAGUUAAGUGUCUUAUUCAGUAUGCAACUAAGAGAUGUAAUACUUUAUUUAUUUUACCAUCCGCAACGGGAUAUACAGACAGUAAUUUGAAGAACGCUUGGUUUCACUUUUCAAAUACGAAGUGUGCUUCGAUUGUCUCAGGGGACGUUGGUGUGUGUCUACUCUCGUGAUCUGAUUGGGCAGUGGCGGGGUUCCACUGUGAUGAUGUCAGCAGUAUGAUUGGAUAGAUUUUCGGUAGAGUAUCAGUAGUGUAGGAAGACUCAGUCCAGGUAUAGAUAUUUUGCUGCUCAAGAAAGGUUCGUAGUUUUUUCCUUUAAGAAAUAUUAAAGCUGUCGCCUACUCUGACUCAGUUUCAUUGAAUGGGCAGUACUUUGUUUACCCGUACUUCUGGUGCAUGGAUAUUUACGAACUGUUAAAUUGUACUAUACAUAAAGAUAGGAGUGGAUGCAGUUACUGUAGCAUGACGCCACCCCUACAGUGUAUCAGAAACCGCCAAAGGGGACACAAACCAUGAACUACGUUGGGCAGCUUGCCGGUCAGGUGUUUGUCCAGGUGAAGGAGUUGUAUAGAGGACUAAAUCCUGCAACACUAUCAGGAUGCAUCGAUAUCAUUGUGGUGCGUCAGCCAGACGGGACUCUCCAGUGUUCUCCGUUCCACGUCCGGUUUGGGAAAAUGGGGGUGCUGAGGUCACGGGAGAAAUUGGUGGACAUAGAAAUUAAUGGGGAACCUGUGAGCUUACAUAUGAAGCUUGGAGAAAAUGGGGAAGCCUUCUUCGUUCAGGAAACAGGGGAUGAUAAGGAGAUUAUCCCCUCAUACCUUGCUACCUCCCCCAUCCUGUCAGAUGGAGCCGCGCUCAUGGAAGCACAGAUGAAGAAGAAUUCAGUGGAGAGGCACAGAAACUGUGCCCCCAGUGCAUCUUCUCAGUCACUGGUCUCCAUUCACGUGUCCCAGACGGGAGCGGACUGCCAGCCAGUCAUCGGCUCCGUGAAGAAAAGACGCAAGAAACGACGGAAGCCAAAGCUCGACAGCGUGAAGAGAGAGGACAGUGGAGAUCACUGUGAAGACGAAGACAUGUUUCCUAUUGACAUGAGCUCUGACGAGGAAGCUGAGCUGGCAGACAGUGUCGGAGCAUCGGCACGGGAUACCUACAGUGAUGAAAAACCAUCGAGCAGUGACUACACACAAAGCACAGUACGUGCUUGUUCAGAUGGAGAAUGGUCACCUAUUCAAAGCAAGAGAAUAGAGUGCAAAGGUCCAUCCUGUGCUUUACAUAUCCCUGGCAGUGGAGGCUUGUCUGUCUCUUGCCCUCAGCAACCUUCUCUCUUCCAGUCUUCAGACAGCCCUGGUGGUUCCCGCCCUUCAACCCCCAAAAGUGACUCGGAGCUGGUCAAGCCUUCAGACAAAGUGAAGACGAACAACCCAGAGAUGCUCUGGGCCUGGGGAGAGCUACCUCAUGCUGCCAAGCCUUCGUUCACACAGAAAUGGGAGCUGUCCACUGUGGUAAACAUACCAGUUUCAACAAGCACUCACUUUCGGGUGAUUUCCAGUGAUUCUACCUCAGAGGCCCUUCUGAGUGUUUCACCCUCCCCUCCACUCUUUGAACCAGUGGCUGCAGAGCGUGAACCCCAGGCUGAUACAGGCUUUAACGUCAAUCCAGAUUUUGAGAUGCUAGGAGCAACUGCACCAUUAUUAUCAGAAAAUGGAGAGCAAUGCCAGGCUCAGCUACAGCCAGUCAGUAAAACAGAUUCCCCUUCUAAAAAGAAAGAUAAGAGAAGUCGACAUCUUGGAGCUGAUGGAAUUUAUUUGGAUGACAUCACCGAGCUGGAACCUGAAGUUGCAGCUUUGUAUUUUCCAAAAAGUGAGACCAGCAAUCCUGGUAAGGGCUGCCCCAACAGAGAGGCCAGGUUAGCAAACCAGUCCCCCCAGUCUGUCAGCUCUGGAGUGGACAGCGGGGUCGACAGCUUCUCAGACCAACCUGGAGAUCUGCCAUCCAUUGCCAUUUCCCUGUGCGGUGGACUAACGGACAACAAGGAGAUAACGAGAGAACUGUUUCAAGAAAAAGCUGUAUCAUAUCAGCUUUUUGUUGAGAACCCAGCAAUCAUUGAUGAUCCAAAGCUUGUGGUGAAAAUUGGAAGCAAGUAUUAUAACUGGGCAACUGCUGCACCUCUGAUGGUAGCCAUGCAGGUAUUCCAGAAACCUCUUCCAAAGACCACUGUGGAGAACAUCAUGAAGGAGAAGAUGCCCAAGAAAGGGGGCCGGUGGUGGUUUUCAUGGCGUAGGAGAAACAGCACUGUCAAAGCGGAAUCCACAUCAGAAUCAGGAGGCAGUAUGUCAAGAUCAAUAGGAGGAGAGGAGUCUGGGCAAAUGAGUUCUUCAAACAGGUUGAAAGAUGAGUCGUCUUCCAGCGAUGAAGACACCUGUGCCUCCAAGCUGAGUUCCAGCUCCUUGCAGCAGGAGGCCUCCUCGUUCUCCUCUUCAGGUGUUUUAUACAAGAAAACUCUCCGGCUCACCUCCGAGCAGCUGGGAAGCCUCCAGCUGAAGAAUGGCCCCAACGACGUGGUGUUCAGUGUUACAACACAGUACCAGGGCACAUGUCGCUGUGAAGGGACCAUAUACCUGUGGAACUGGGAUGAUAAAAUCGUCAUCUCGGAUAUUGAUGGAACCAUUACUAGGUCUGACACACUGGGUCACAUUCUGCCUACCCUUGGCAAGGACUGGACUCAUCAAGGCAUUGCUCGGCUUUAUCACAAAGUUAGCCAGAACGGCUACAAGUUCAUGUACUGCUCAGCCCGUGCUAUUGGAAUGGCAGACAUGACAAGAGGGUACCUACACUGGGUUAAUGAAAGGGGAACCAUGCUACCUCAGGGGCCUGUACUGCUGAGCCCAAGCAGUUUAUUCUCAGCAUUGCACAGGGAAGUGAUAGAAAAGAAACCAGAAAAGUUUAAGAUUGAGUGUCUGACAGACAUCAAGAAUCUCUUUCAUCCAAACAUUGAGCCUUUCUAUGCUGCCUUUGGAAACAGACCUACCGAUGUGCAUUCAUAUAAGGAGGUAGGAGUUGCUUUGAACAGAAUCUUUACAGUUAACCCAAAAGGAGAACUGAUACAAGAACAUGCAAAGACCAACAUAUCCUCUUACGUGAGGCUUGGUGAAAUCGUGGAUCACGUGUUCCCGCUGCUGACACGAGGAGAUUCCUCAGACUUCCCCUGUUCUGACACCUACAGUCAGUUCACCUACUGGAGGGAGCUACUGCCGCCUGUGAAAAACCCAGAUAUCCGUGUAUAAUCCAUUUAAACGUUAGAACCAGAUGUUGAAUGAUUGCUUCUGUAACGGGCAGUGUUGUGUGAUACACCAUUAUGGGUUCUGUCCCCUGUUUGUGAGGUGAAUUUCAGCUAAAAGGUCUAAAACCAUGAAUGCUGAGGAGCCCGCUCUUUUGCAUUGUGGUUAAGACGCUGUUUUAAACACAGAUUUUAUUUUCAACACUGGGUUUAGCUUUUUUUUUUUAACAACAGUACCUAACAUUUGUGCAUUUUAAUCCUACUUUAUGUGCAUACUAAGUUGUUAAUUU